CUGCAGCAGUAUCAAAUAGCACGAACAUAUUCAAUCAUUAUUCGUUUUUGUACCCAGACGAAAUCCAGAAAUAUUAAAGUUUUGUAGUAAAAUAUAAAUAACUUGAAACAUGACAGUCUCUAAAUAUAUUUAUUUUGAUGUCUUAUAUUUUUGCGAAUCAGCUACUCUCGUUUAAAAAUCGUUAAAAAUAACUGUGUCACAGGGUUGCCCUUCAAUGUAGUUAUCGCGGUAGCCGGUUACUCUUCGUUGUCGAGUUCAUUCAUUUCAUGCGUGCUGUUGCAACUAGCCAGUAAAUACACAACGUUAAUUCAAGAAAUACGUUGAUUUACCUGAGACACUAUGGCUGCCAAGAUAUUGCCUGUUCUAAAGUAAGUUUUCGAGAAAACUCGCUAGCUAGCUAUGCUAAUGCUAUCUGGCAAGCAGGUUGACAUUUAGCUAGUUAGCUUUAAUUUUGCUUUGAACUUAUUAACUAUGUCCUUUAGUCAUGAUCCAGCCAGUAAGCUAAACAGCACACGAUCUUCUAGUUAGCUAGUAACAUGUAACUAACAACACUAACUGCGGCUAGCUAGCUAAGAUAUACCUAAUUGACAGCAGCUAACCAGAUGGCUAGCUAACGUUGAUGCCACCUGAUGGUUCUCAUGUUAUGAAUUUACUUUCUGUGCUUUUAACACGUGAAUAUGUGUUUGUGCACUUGAAUGCCAUGUGUAACAACGCAUGUUUGUCUCUAUCAUCAAAUACGUGACACUAAGCCAUCCACAAAGUUGUCUCAUCCUAGUGUCAAUCUUUUUCUCUCGCAGGUUGGCCUCUAAGGUGACCAUUGCAGGAGGUGCUUUGUAUGUUGCCUAUGAUUCUGGACUAUUAGGGGAAAGUGAGCAGGGCUCCGAGGUCCUUGGAAAAGCUAAAGCUGCAAUUCCCCCUGCAGUGGAUGAGUGGGUGAAGUACUUUGGCUUUGAGGUAAAUAUGCCAUUAUCGUACUGUGAUUUAACUGUGUCUGACAGACAGAAUAAUGCACUAUGGAGUAUGAGGUGAGGGAGGAUUAAAAGUAUGUUUUCGUCUAGCUUCCAGCUUUCCCUAAAAUUGGAUUCUCCCCUGUCGAAGCUUGGAACUCAGGUAAGAAAUGGUUGACAGCUGAUUCAUAAAGGACUUUUCCAGACUUACAAGUCUAAAAUGGAGCAAUUUCAAGAGCUUCUGUUAUUUCAUUCCAGGGGUGCAGUCAUCCAUAUCUGCUCUCUCAUCGGGCCCUACAGCAUUAGGUGACUACACCAACCAAGGCUUGCAGUACCUGAAAGACCUCACCAAAUGAAAAGUGACAUGCAACUAGCAGACAUUUUAAGAACCUAAUUUCUGUUUUGGAUGGGUCCCUUCGCAAUCACAACCAAAUCCUCAGGAGUAACACGACUGGUGCAAAUACAUACAGCCCUCCUGUAAAAGUAACUUGCUUGCUUUGAAUGCAUAGCACAUCAACUAGAAAAUGCAGUGGUACAGUAAAUUCAGUGGAAUUAGGCUAAGGCCAGUGUUGAUUUGUGGAACGUGUAGUUACUGAUAAUGCCAGAUUAUUUACAUUCUAUUGGGUUGACAGUAAUUUGUCAACACAAGCAGAUUACAUUGCUUUAUGCUACUUUGUGAGUAAAAAAAUGACAGAAUCUGGAUACCACAGCAAGACCUGCACCCAAGAGAAAUCCAAUUAACAACCAAUGGACGUUUAGUGUUAUGUCUUGUGUGUGUAUACAUUGUUAAUUGUAAAAACAAAAAUAUUUAUCUCAAGACUGAUAUAUUUAGCAUGUUCUGACUUUGACCUGAUUCCAUAUCUAUCCCAUCCAACACAUAUUUUAUACAGAAAGAAUGUCUAUUGUUUUGUGUGUGUAUAUAUAUUUCACAAUUUACAAGUGUAAAAUAAACCUAACCAUGUCAGAUAUGAGACAUUUGGUAUGAUCUGUUGUCUGUUUUACUGAAUAUGUGCUGUAUACUUUAAGAAAGUGGUUCCCAACCGCUUUUGGUUACUGUACCACCAACU